CAGGCAGGCCAGCCGGAUGAGCAGGGAGUUGGGGCACCAGGGCCAGACCCUGAUCUGGGCUGUUUGGGUCCUUGCAGCUGCCACUGAGGGGCCAGCCGCGGAUGCACCGGUGAGGAGCACCAGGCUGGGAUGGGUCCGGGGGAAGCAAGCCACUGUGCUGGGAAGCACCAUGCCUGUGAACAUGUUCCUCGGGAUCCCCUAUGCUACGCCCCCUCUAGGACCCCUGCGAUUUAAGAAACCCAAGCCUGCCUUGCCCUGGAAUGACUUCCGAGAUACCACGUCCUACCCUAAAUUGUGCUUCCAGAACUCAGAGUGGCUGCUCUCAGAUCAACACUUUCUCAAGGUGCAUUACCCCAAAUUGGAAGUGUCCGAAGACUGCCUGUACCUUAACAUCUAUGCGCCAGCCCAUGCGGACACCGGCUCCAAGCUCCCCGUCAUGGUGUGGCUCCCCGGGGGUGCCUUCGAGACUGGCUCAGCCUCCAUCUUUGACGGGUCUGCCUUGGCUGCCUAUGAAGACGUGCUGAUUGUGACGACCCAGUACCGGCUAGGAAUAUUUGGUUUCUUCAGCACAGGGGACCAGCAUGCUCGGGGGAACUGGGCCUUCCUGGACCAGAUGGCCGCCUUAACCUGGGUCCAGGAGAACAUCGAGUUCUUCGGUGGGGACCCACACUCUGUGACCCUCUUUGGCGAGUCAGCGGGAGCCAUAAGUGUUUCCAGCCUUAUUCUAUCCCCCAUGGCGAAUGGCUUAUUCCACAAAGCCAUCAUGGAGAGUGGGGUGGCCAUCAUCCCUUUCCUGAGGGCCCUCGAUGAUGAGAGGAAUGAAGAUUUGCAGGUGAUCACGCAUAUCUGUGGUUGCAACGCGUCAGACUCUGUGGCCUUGCUGCUGUGCCUGAGGGCAAAAUCCCCCGAGGAGUUGUUGGACAUCAACAAGAAAACCAAGUCUUUCACUCGAGUGGUUGAUGGUUUUUUCUUUCCUGAUGAGCCUCUAGACCUAUUGACUGAAAAAACAUUUAAUUCAGUUCCUUCUGUCAUCGGAGUCAAUAACCACGAGUGUGGCUUCCUGCUGCCCAUGAAAGAGUUUCCUGAGAUCCUCGGGGGCUCCAACAAGUCUCUCGCCCUGCACUUGCUACACACAGUCCUGCACAUCUCCAACCAGUAUUUAUACCUUGUGGCUGAUCAGUACUUCUCCAACAAGCAUUCCCCGGUUGAGAUACGAGAUCGUUUUCUGGACUUGCUUGGAGAUGUGUUCUUUGUGGUCCCUGGGGUGGUCACAGCUCGGUAUCACAGAGAUGCUGGGGCACCUGUCUACUUCUACGAGUUUCAACACGGGCCCCAGUGCUUAAAGGACACAAGGCCGACUUUCGUCAAAGCCGAUCACUCUGAUGAAAUCCGCUUUGUAUUUGGAGGUUCCUUCCUGAAAGGCAACAUUGUCAUGUUCGAAGGAGCCACCGAGGAGGAGAAAUUGCUGAGCAGGAAGAUGAUGAGAUACUGGGCCAACUUUGCUCGGACCGGGGACCCUAAUGGGGAAGGCCUGCCUCUGUGGCCAGCCUACGAUCAGAGCGAGCACUACCUGAAGCUGGAUUUGAACGUAAGCGUGGGACAGAAACUGAAGGAGCAGGAGGUGGAAUUUUGGUCGGAUACCCUCCCCCUGAUCAUGUCCACUUCCACAGCCCUCCGUGGUCCUCCUUCCUUACUCCCCUUUUCUCUGCUCCUGCCUUUAUUCUCUGCUCCUUGAGAAAUUGUGUGUGAUUUUGGUUUUCCUUCUUCUGCAAUUUCCCCCACGAUCAUUAGCUCCAUUUUUGUGUUUAGCUACUUUGUGAAAUCAGCUGCUUGUACUGAUGUUUUAUGGACGUGGGGAGGAGCCCUAGGGGACUUCUUUUCUAUAUCAAACAACGCUGCUUGUCUUCAGUGCUACCAGAUCUCUCCAAUAAAUCUGCAGGAGGGCCAGCC